AAAUUAACCUGACAAAUGAUUAUUAUGUAAGUGGAGGUGGGUUAGACACCGUAUUCAAAGCAAGCAAGAUCACUUUUCACUGGGGAAAAUGCAACGUGUCAUCAGACGGAUCAGAACAUAGUUUAGAAGGACAAAAAUUUCCUCUUGAGAUGCAAAUCUACUGCUAUGAUGCAGAGCAGUUUACAGAUUUCGAAGAGGCAAUUAAGGGAAAUGGAAAGUUAAGAGCUUUAUCAAUUUUGUUUGAGAUUGGACUAGAAGAUAAUCCGGAUUAUAAUCCAAUCAUUAAUGGAGUAGACAGUGUUAGUCGUUUUGGAAAACAGGCUGCCUUAGAACCAUUUAUUUUGCUGAACCUUUUGCCGAAUGCAACAGACAAAUAUUACACUUAUAAUGGGUCUUUAUCAACUCCUCCCUGCUCUGAAACAGUUGAAUGGAUUGUGUUUAAAGAUACUAUUAGUAUUUCUGAAGACCAGUUAGCUGUAUUCUGUGAAGUCCUUACAAUGCAGCAGUCUGGCUAUGUUAUGCUGAUGGACUACCUGCAAAACAACUUUCGAGAGCAGCAAUAUAAGUUCUUUGGGCAAGUGUUUUCCUCUUACACUGGACAAGAAGAAAUUCAUGAAGCAGUUUGCAGCUCAGAACCUGAAAAUGUUCAAUCUGAUCCAAAGAAUUAUACUAGUCUUCUCGUUACAUGGGAAAGACCUCGGGUUGUAUACGACACCACAAUUGAGAGAUUUGCUGUCUUUUAUCAACAGUUGGAUGGAGAUGACCAGACUAAGCAUGAAUUUCUGACAGAUGGGUAUCAGGACUUGGGGGCUAUUCUAAAUAAUCUGCUGCCCAAUACAAGUUAUGUUCUUCAGAUAGUUGCUGUUUGCUCUAAUGGUCUAUAUGGAAAAUACAGUGACCAAGUCAUUGUUGAUAUGCCUUUAGAGGACCCAGAGGCUGAUCUCAUUCCUGAACUGAAUGAAACUGAAGAAUAUGAGGAUGAAGUUGAUGAAAAGGAAGCAGAGGUGAAUGAAGAAACUGCAGUGAUUCCUAGCAUUGACAGUACAAUAAACCAAAUGAGGAAGGAUUUCCAGGUGACUACAUCUAGCUACAGUCAAGAAAAAAUGGGGACAAAACCCAAUGAAGAUAAAACAAAUAGAUACUUAACAAGAGAAGAAGAAUUGCAUGGUAAGGAGGAUGUUUUCAAAGCAGUUUAUUACCCUACUUCUCCACCUGUUAGUGAAAUUUCUGAAGAAGAGGAAGAUCCUUUUUUGGAAUCCCGAACAAUUACUGGAAUUCCUCCUCAACUCAUUGACACAACCAAAGGCAUAGAAGAAGAAUACAUAUACCUUUCUUCAGGCACUGAACCAACAAGAAUAACCACUGCUGGACAUAGUGACGAAGAUUUCUUACUGUCUCCUUUUAAACCUCAUCAGGAAUCUGAUGACUUUUGGAGUUCGGUUCUUACCACUUCUUCAGCGCAGCUGGUUACAGAGGAGACCUCCCAAGAAGACACCCGUCCUUCAGGAAGCCCAGAUAUAAGCAUACAUGAUGUUCUUUCCCAAGGCUCCAUUAAGUAUGUUUCAGAAGGUGUAGCACCCUCAAGCUCUGAUGAGCCUCCAAAGCAUACUUCUCCCACUGAAGGAAAUUUAUGGUUUCGUAACGCUACAGAUCUGACAACUCAAUCUGUUGAUACAUCGGAUAGCAGGCAAUUGUCUCAGACCAGUUACACUGAUGCUUAUGUAGAGGGAUUAAAGCCAGCUACAGUGCCAUAUUCCAGCAGCCCAGUGGUUUCACAAGACACUUCAGAUGCGGAUUUAGAAUUGCCACAUUAUUCUACCUUUGCUUUCUCCUCUGCUGAAUUAUCACCUCACUCUAUCUCUUCAAGCUCUGGAGAAUAUGGUUCUGCUUCUGCUGCCAGUGAGGUACUCUCUCAGACAACUCAACCAGUCUAUAAUGAGGCAAGUAAUAGUAGCCAUGAGUCUCGUAUCGGUCUAGCUGAGAGUCUGGAAUCAGAGAAGAAGACAGUUAUACCACUUGUGGUCGUAUCAGCCCUGACUUUUAUCUGUCUAGUGAUUCUUGUGGGUAUUCUCAUAUACUGGAGGAAAUGUUUCCAGACUGCUCACUUUUAUUUAGAAGACAAUACAUCACCUCGAGUGAUUUCUGCUCCCCCAGCUCCAAUCUUCCCAGUCUCAGAUGAUGUUGGAGCAAUUCCAAUAAAGCAUUUUCCAAAACAUGUUGCAGAUUUACAUGCAAGUAAUGGUUUUUCUGAAGAAUUUGAGGAAAUCCAGAGCUGUACUGUAGAUCUAGGUAUUACAUCAGACAGCUCUAAUCACCCCGACAACAAGAAUAAGAAUCGAUACAUAAACAUUGUUGCUUAUGAUCAUACUAGGGUUAAAUUAGCACAGCUUGCAGAAAAGGAUGGAAAACUCACUGACUACAUUAAUGCCAACUACGUUGAUGGCUACAACAAGCCAAAAGCCUACAUUGCAGCUCAAGGGCCACUAAAAUCAACAGCAGAAGAUUUCUGGAGAAUGAUAUGGGAACAUAACGUAGAAGUUAUUGUGAUGAUAACUAAUCUCGUUGAGAAAGGAAGGAGAAAAUGUGACCAGUACUGGCCUGCUGAAGGUAGUGAAGAAUAUGGGAACUUCUUGGUUACUCAGAAGAGCAUUCAUGUACUUGCCUACUACACUGUGAGGAAUUUUACUCUUAGAAACACCAAGAUCAAAAAGGGUUCCCAGAAAGGGAGGUCUAGUGGACGUAUAGUAACUCAGUACCAUUAUACCCAGUGGCCUGACAUGGGUGUUCCAGAAUACACGCUGCCCGUGCUCACCUUCGUGCGGAAGGCAUCGCAUGCCAAGCGCCACGCUGUUGGGCCUGUUGUGGUUCAUUGCAGUGCUGGUGUUGGAAGGACAGGCACAUACAUAGUGUUAGACAGCAUGCUGCAGCAAAUUCAGCAUGAAGGGACAGUCAACAUAUUUGGAUUCUUAAAACACAUACGUACCCAAAGGAACUACUUGGUGCAGACUGAGGAGCAAUACAUCUUCAUUCACGAUGCAUUGGUUGAAGCAAUACUCAGUAAAGAAACAGAAGUUCUUGAGACUCACAUUCAUGCCUAUGUUAAUGCUCUCUUGAUACCUGGACCAACAGGAAAGACCAGACUGGAGAAACAAUUCAAGUUACUAAGCCAGUCUAACACGCAGCAGUGUGAUUAUUCAACUGCACUCAAACAGUGUAACAGAGAAAAGAACCGAACUUCAUCCAUCAUUCCUGUGGAAAGAUCUAGAGUGGGUAUCUCGUCACUGUCUGGUGAAGGGACAGACUACAUCAAUGCUUCCUAUAUUAUGGGUUAUUAUCAAAGUAAUGAAUUCAUUAUUACCCAGCAUCCUUUACUGCACACUAUCAAGGAUUUCUGGAGAAUGAUAUGGGACCAUAAUGCCCAGCUAAUAGUCAUGCUUCCUGAUAGCCAGAAUAUGGCUGAAGACGAAUUUGUAUACUGGCCAAACAAAGACGAGCCUAUAAACUGUGAGAGUUUCAAAGUUACUAUGAUUGCUGAAGAACACAAGUGUCUGUCUAACGAGGAGAAGCUCAUAAUCCAAGACUUUAUUUUAGAAGCUACACAGGAUGACUAUGUACUUGAAGUGAGGCAUUUUCAGUGUCCAAAAUGGCCAAAUCCUGAUAGUCCUAUUAGUAAAACUUUUGAAUUGAUCAGCAUCAUCAAAGAAGAAACUUCCAACCGUGAUGGACCCAUGAUUGUACAUGACGAGCAUGGAGGGGUGACAGCAGGCACUUUCUGUGCAUUAACAACACUGAUGCAUCAACUGGAAAAUGAGAACUCAGUGGAUGUUUACCAAGUAGCAAAGAUGAUAAAUUUGAUGAGGCCUGGAGUCUUUACAGACAUUGAACAGUACCAGUUUCUGUACAAAGCUAUUCUCAGCCUCGUCAGCACACGGCAAGAAGAAAACCCCUCAGCAUCUAUGGACAGUAACGGCUCAGCUUUACCUGAUGGAAAUGCAGCUGAAAGUUUAGAAUCUUUAGUUUAAUUAACACAUCAGAUUAAACACACACACACCCCUACAUCGCACCAGUCACACCUGGAGUUUACCAUUAUUAUUUUCAGUUUUAUAUUUUGUGGGAGGGGCAGUCUGUCCAGUUACUAUAUAUAUAAAAUCAGAUCCCAACCGUUGCUCAAGCAAACAGUCACUUCUGUUACACUUCUGUAACUUUACUGCGAACUUUUAUCAUUAACAAUGUGUGCCUUUUCUUGAAAGAUUUCUUGUAAUACGUUGUUACGUCUGGACUAACUUGAUUGAUUUUUACAGUGUUUCUAAGAAUUGAAUUGUGGUAUGUUUUUUCAGUAUUAGUUUUUGAUUUAUCUGGCUUUACUUUUAACUUAAAAAUUAUCAUAUUUAUAGAUGUUAGAGGAUUCUCAAUUACAAACAUGUCAUGGGUUUAGUAUUUGAUUUCUCUGCUGUAUUUAUAACAAUUUACAUUUGCUAGAAAUAUAACUUUUAAUAUAGUAGAAUGUAAAUAAAAUACUGUUCUCCAUAACAUUCAACAUUUUAAGACUUCAAUUAGACAUUUAGAAUAGUAAUCUGAUACUUACUGUAAAUACUGCUACUUCUGUAGUGAUUCCAUGGACCAAAUUUAUAUUUAUAAUUGUAGAUUUUUAUAUUUUACUACAGAGUCAGUUUUCUAGUUCUGUGUAAUUGCCUUGUUAAAAUGAUGUAGUCCAGUAUGUUUUAUUUUAACAAAGUCUUCUGAUAUAUAAUUGUGCAUCUUAAGCAAUUAACCUUCAUAUAGCUGCAUGUGAUUUUAACUUUUUGUGGGAAAUAAUAGAAAUCAUUUGUUUUGAAAUGAGAAGUUUUUACGAGAAUAAAACCUGUACUUGGCAUUGUUAAAUUGUUUUUACCUAUGGCAUUGCAAAAAUAAAUAUAAAUAUUCCAAUC